AUGAAUACCUCCGCCUGCCUCGUCGGCUGCCGCAUCGCCGGCCGUUCGGGAGCGAGCGUGAGGCUCUUGUCGCCGCCCGUCGUCUUUCGUCCAACGCCAAUUGUGCGUCAGGAAUUCACCACUAAGCGCGUCCAGCCGCAGGAAUCCCGUGUCAGCUUAGCACGUCCGCGCCCGUUGUCCCUGCAGAAGCAUGUUCCCGAGUUUGCAUCCACUGCUGUCGCCCGCUAUGCAUCCCUGGCGUCGGAACCGCAUGACGAGGAGACACCUACAUCCCCGCCUUUCACUGCUGGGCCCUACGAGACCCUGACCAUCGGCAUACCAAAGGAGAGCUAUCCUGGCGAGCGUCGUGUAGCCAUCACCCCUGCUAAUGUGAAGCUUCUCCUAAAGAAAGGCUUUUCGCGUAUUUUGAUCGAGCGAGGAGCCGGUGAAGAGGCUCAAUUCACAGACGAAGCAUACGAACAAGCCGGUGCCGAGACAGUCGAUAGAAGGAACGUCUUUUCCGACAGCGAUAUCCUCCUCAAGGUUCGCGCCCUUAGCAUCGAUGGCCCUGAUAGUGAAGUCGACGCUAUCCGCGAGGGCGCCACUGUCAUUUCAUUCAUCUAUCCAAACCAGAAUAGACCCGUUGUCGAGAAAAUUGCUUCCCGAAAAGCUACUGCAUUUGCCAUGGACAUGAUUCCUCGUAUUUCUAGAGCCCAGGUAUUUGAUGCGUUGAGUUCCAUGGCGAACAUUGCUGGCUACAAGGCCGUUUUAGAGGCCUCAAACCAGUUCGGACGUUUCCUCACCGGUCAGGUUACAGCGGCCGGAAAGAUUCCGCCUUGCAAGGUCCUUGUCAUAGGUGCCGGUGUGGCAGGUUUGAGUGCCAUUGCCACAGCGCGCCGCAUGGGUGCUAUCGUCCGCGGGUUUGAUACUCGUUCCGCAGCACGCGAGCAGGUGCAGUCUCUAGGCGCUGAGUUCAUCGAGGUUGAACUGGAAGAAGAUGGAUCUGGUGCUGGCGGAUAUGCCAAAGAGAUGUCCAAGGAAUUUAUCGAAGCCGAAAUGAAGCUCUUUCACGAGCAGUGCCGUGAGGUCGAUAUUGUUAUUACCACAGCUUUGAUUCCUGGGAAGCGUGCCCCAACGCUCAUCACGAAAGCGAUGCUUGGUGCGAUGAAGCCUGGAUCUGUGGUUGUCGAUCUGGCCGCUGAAGCUGGCGGUAACUGCGAAGCCACUGUCCCCGGAAAGCUAGCCAAGUACCAAGGCGUGACCGUCAUUGGCUACACUGAUCUGCCAUCGCGACUACCGACCCAAUCGUCCACACUCUACUCGAACAACAUCACCAAAUUCUUGCUUUCCCUUGUGCCGGAGAACAAGAAGGAGAAGUACUAUGACGUCGAUCUGAAAGACGAGGUCACCCGAGGCGCUAUUGUAUCGUACAACGGCAAGAUUCUUCCUCCUGCUCCUCGACCUGCGCCACCACCUGCACCAGCUGUAAAGGCACCAUCUCCCGCGGACCAAGUGGCAAAUGUAGUCGCGCUUACGCCAUGGCAAAGCCAAACCCGCGAAGUUGCCGCUGUGUCAGCCGCAAUGACCACGGCUGUAGCACUUGGAAAAUUCACUGGCCCUCUGUUUAUGUCUAACGCUUUCACGUUCGCCUUGGCGAGCUUGAUCGGCUAUAGAGUCGUUUGGGGUGUUGCGCCAGCACUACACUCGCCCUUGAUGUCCGUGACCAACGCCAUAUCUGGCAUGGUUGGAAUUGGUGGCUUGUUCGUCAUGGGAGGCGGGCUCCUUCCCGAAACUAUUCCUCAGACUCUUGGUGCCGUGUCGGUCCUCUUGGCCUUCGUCAAUAUCUCCGGUGGUUUUGUACUCACAAAGCGCAUGCUCGACAUGUUCAGACGCCCAACUGACCCGGCUGAGUUCCCUUUGCUAUACGCGAUUCCAGCUGUUCUUUUCGGUGGAGGCUACAUCGCUGCUGCUAGCACCGGCAUGGCAGGUUUAGUGCAAGCAGGCUACCUUGUCAGCAGUAUCCUUUGUGUUGCAUCUCUGUCUGGUCUCGCCUCCCAGGUUACGGCACGUCGAGGCAACCUCUUCGGUAUCCUGGGUGUGUUCUCUGGACUUCUGGCUUCGCUGCUUGCCGUUGGCUUUACGCCCGAUGUUCUUACACAGUUCGCUGGUCUCGCUACUGUUGGAACCAUUGCCGGUAUGGUCAUCGGUAGGAGGAUUACUCCGACUUCCCUUCCGCAGACUGUUGCCGCACUGCACUCAGUUGUCGGUCUCGCUGCGGUUUUGACCAGUAUCGGCAGUGUUCUUGGCCACUCGGGCGAUAUCUCAACCCUGCAUCUAGUUAGCGCCUACCUCGGUGUGCUCAUCGGUGGUGUUACAUUUACCGGAAGUAUCGUGGCCUUCCUCAAGCUGGCCGCGAAGAUGUCAUCUAAACCUCUGGUCCUACCUGGACGCCACCUGAUCAACUCCUCCCUGCUAGGAGCGAAUAUGGCGACAAUGGGAGCCUUCUUGACAUAUGCGCCUGGCGCACCACUGAUUGGCGCAGCUUGUCUUUGUGGAAACGCACUUUUGAGUUUCAUCAAAGGAUACACAACUACAGCGGCUAUCGGAGGUGCCGAUAUGCCUGUCGUCAUCACAGUCCUGAACGCCUACUCUGGAUUUGCGCUUGUGGCUGAGGGCUUCAUGUUGGACAAUUCGCUCUUGACAACUGUUGGUGCGUUGAUCGGUGUAUCAGGUUCGAUCCUAUCGUACAUCAUGUGCGUUGCUAUGAACCGGUCCUUGACCAAUGUCUUGUUCGGAGGCAUCGCAGCGACGCCACAAGCUCAAGCCAAGAUUGAAGGCGAAGUCACCAAGACCACGGCAGAAGCAACAGCUGAAGCACUUGCUGAAGCGGAGAAUGUCAUCAUUGUCGUCGGUUACGGAAUGGCAGUCGCCAAAGCUCAAUACGCGAUCUCUGACUUCGUCAAACACCUGCGCUCCAAAGGCAUCAACGUGCGCUUCGCGAUCCAUCCCGUCGCAGGUCGCAUGCCUGGACAAUGCAAUGUGCUACUCGCCGAAGCAUCCGUCCCUUACGACAUCGUGCUGGAGAUGGACGAGAUCAACGACGACUUCAAUGAGACCGAUGUCACUCUUGUCAUCGGUGCCAACGAUACGGUCAAUCCGAUUGCUCUCGAGCCCGGUUCCGCGAUCGCCGGUAUGCCUGUCCUGCACGCAUGGAAGAGCAAGCAAGUCGUGAUCAUGAAGCGGGGUAUGGCGAGCGGAUACGCCGACGUGCCGAACCCGAUGUUCUACAUGGAGAACACGAAGAUGUUGUUUGGAGAUGCGAAUGACAGCUGCAAUGCCAUCAAACGCGCGUUGGAAGAGAGGAAGUGA